AUGGCUAGAGUUUUGGUUCCGCUUCUGUGUUUCAUCGGACUGCUGAGCUCGAGCUUAUGUUUGGGUGACGCCAACGACGGACGCGGAGAUCAGCCACUGGCUCAGAUUAACAUUUACCAAACAAGUCUUGCUUUGGACACUUCUGUAGCCAUUCACGCUUCCCCUCAAACUCUUGGUUUAAAGGGUGAAGAUACUGAAUGGGUACAUGUUGCUAUCUCCAACCCCAAACCCACUUCAAACGAUUGGAUCGGAGUUUUCUCGCCAGCAAAAUUCGACGCAUCUACCUGUUGGCCAACAAAUGGCAAAGAGCCAGCUCCUUACAUUUGCUCAUCUCCCAUCAAGUACAUGUAUGCGAACAAAUAUCCCGAGUAUACAAAGUCCGGGAAAGUGAUUAUGAAGUUGCAGAUUAUAAACCAGAGAGCUGAUAUCUCCUUUGCACUGUUUUCUGGGGGAAUUUCAAAUCCAAAACUUCUCGGGGUUUCGAAUCCUGUAGCUUUCGUCAACCCCAAAGCACCUGUCUACCCACGUCUUGCAUUAGGGAAGAAUUGGGACGAAAUGACUGUAACAUGGACGAGUGGGUACAACAUAAAUGAAGCUGUUCCGUUCAUUGAAUGGAGUUCGAAGGGACUUCCUAGUAGAAGAUCGCCAGCUGGAACCAUUACCUUUAACAGAAACAGCAUGUGUGGUGAUCCUGCUAGUGGCGUUGGUUGGCGCGAUCCGGGUUUCUUCCAUACCGCUUUCUUGAAAGAACUAUGGCCAAACCGCGAAUACAUAUACAGGCUAGGCCAUGACUUGGUCAAUGGUACGACAAUUUGGAGCAAGAACUACACUUUCGUUUCCUCUCCUUACCCUGGACAAGACUCGUUACAACGAGUCAUAAUAUUUGGUGACAUGGGGAAGGGAGAGCGAGAUGGCUCCAAUGAAUACAAUGAUUAUCAGCCCGGUUCAAUCAACACAACUGACCAACUCAUCAAGGACUUGAAGAACAUUGACAUUGUUUUCCACAUUGGAGAUAUCACUUAUUCAAAUGGGUAUAUCUCUCAGUGGGAUCAGUUCACAGCUCAAGUUGAGCCCGUCGCUUCUAAGGUUCCCUACAUGAUUGCGAGGUUAGUCAAUAUGGAAAGCUUUGUCAUUGUUCUUGUUCUCUACUCCUGCAGUGGAUUAAGUUACUUCUGUUUUCACACUAGUGGCAACCACGAGCGUGAUUGGCCAGACACAGGAUCUUUCUAUGGCGGUAAAGACUCUGGAGGAGAGUGUGGUGUUCCUGCAGAGACCAUGUUCUACUUUCCUGCUGAGAACCGAGCUAAAUUCUGGUACUCCGCGGAUUACGGAAUGUUCCGAUUCUGUGUAGCAGACACUGAACACGAUUGGAGAGAAGGCACCGAGCAAUACCAAUUCAUCGAUCGUUGCCUUGCCACCGUCGAUAGAAAGACUCAGCCUUGGCUCAUCUUUAUCGCUCAUCGUGUCCUCGGUUAUUCCAGUAAUGAUUGGUAUGGCAAAGAAGGAACCUAUGAAGAGCCUAUGGGAAGAGAGAGCCUGCAGAAACUGUGGCAGAAGUACAAAGUAGACCUUGCUUUCUACGGCCAUGUCCAUAACUAUGAGAGAACAUGCCCCAUUUACCAGAGCCAAUGUGUGAACAAUGAGAAGGAUCACUACUCAGGGACCUUCCAAGGAACCAUUCACGUUGUUGUUGGUGGUGCAGGAAGUCAUUUGUCUCCCUUUAGCUCAAUGGUUCCCAAAUGGAGUUUGGUAAGAGACUAUGACUAUGGGUUUGUAAAGCUGACUGCUUCCGAUCACUCAUCGCUUCUCUUUGAGUACAAGAGGAGCAGCAAUGGCCAAGUGCACGACUCCUUCAACAUCUCUAGAGAUUACAAAGAUGUUUUGGCUUGUAUUCACGAUGGCUGCGAGCCCACCACAUCAGCUUCAUGA